AUGCCUACCCUAACUGAUGAGGAACAGGAAUUCAUGGACAGCCCUAUCACCCCAGAGGAAAUAGAUGCGGUCCUCAAAAACCUGAAACCACACAAAGCCCCAGGCCCAGACGGCUUCACAGCAGAAUUCUAUAGGAAAUUCAAAGAACCCUUGAUGCCCUACAUGACCCGCCUAUUCAACGACAUCAUAAAAGGGGCCCCAUCCCCAAAACCUGGACCCACUCCAAAAUAG